AUGGCGGCGGCCAAGCAGGGCUGGGGGACCAGAGCCUCGGUUGAGCCGGGGCCGGGGAAGCCGUAUGUCUUCGACCGUGUGUUCCCCCCAAACACGACUCAGGAGCAAGUUUAUCAUGCGUGUGCCAUGCAGAUUGUCAAAGAUGUCCUUGCUGGCUACAAUGGCACCAUUUUUGCUUAUGGACAGACAUCCUCAGGGAAAACACAUACCAUGGAGGGAAAGCUGCACGACCCCCAGCUGAUGGGAAUCAUUCCUCGGAUUGCCAGGGACAUCUUCAACCAUAUCUACUCCAUGGAUGAGAACCUGGAGUUCCACAUCAAGGUUUCUUAUUUCGAGAUUUACCUGGACAAGAUUCGUGACCUUCUGGAUGUGACCAAGACCAACCUGUCUGUGCACGAGGACAAGAACCGGGUGCCGUUCGUCAAGGGUUGUACUGAGCGCUUUGUGUCUAGCCCGGAGGAGAUCCUGGAUGUGAUUGACGAGGGGAAAUCGAACCGUCACGUGGCCGUCACGAACAUGAACGAACACAGCUCUCGCAGCCACAGCAUCUUCCUCAUCAACAUCAAGCAGGAGAACAUGGAAACGGAGCAGAAGCUCAGCGGGAAGCUGUACCUCGUGGACCUGGCGGGGAGCGAGAAGGUCAGCAAAACCGGAGCCGAAGGAGCCGUGCUGGAUGAGGCAAAGAACAUCAACAAGUCGCUGUCCGCCCUGGGCAAUGUGAUCUCCGCCCUGGCCGAGGGCACCAAAAGCUACGUGCCCUACCGUGACAGCAAAAUGACCCGGAUCCUCCAGGACUCUCUGGGAGGAAACUGCCGGACCACCAUGUUCAUCUGCUGUUCGCCGUCCAGUUACAAUGAUGCAGAGACCAAGUCCACCCUGAUGUUUGGGCAGCGGGCAAAAACCAUUAAGAACACCGCCUCAGUGAACCUGGAGUUGACUGCCGAGCAGUGGAAGAAGAAAUAUGAGAAGGAAAAGGAGAAGACCAAGGCCCAGAAGGAGACCAUCGCGAAGCUGGAGGCUGAGCUGAGCCGCUGGCGCAAUGGAGAGAACGUGCCUGAGACCGAGCGCCUGGCUGGGGAAGAGGCGGCCCUGGGAGCCGAGCUGUGUGAGGAGACCCCUGUGAACGACAACUCGUCCAUCGUGGUGCGCAUCGCGCCGGAGGAGCGGCAGAAGUACGAGGAGGAGAUCCGCCGCCUCUACAAGCAGCUCGACGACAAGGACGAUGAGAUCAACCAGCAGAGCCAGCUCAUCGAGAAGCUCAAGCAGCAGAUGCUGGACCAGGAGGAGCUGCUGGUGUCCACCCGAGGAGACAACGAGAAGGUGCAGCGGGAGCUGAGCCACCUGCAGUCGGAGAAUGACGCCGCGAAGGAAGAGGUGAAGGAGGUGCUGCAGGCCCUGGAGGAGCUGGCGGUGAACUACGACCAGAAGUCCCAGGAGGUGGAGGAGAAGAGCCAGCAGAACCAGCUUCUGGUGGAUGAGCUGUCCCAGAAGGUGGCCACCAUGCUGUCUCUGGAGUCUGAGCUGCAGCGGCUCCAGGAGGUCAGUGGACACCAGCGGAAGCGAAUUGCUGAGGUGCUGAACGGGCUGAUGAAAGACCUGAGUGAGUUCAGUGUCAUCGUGGGCAACGGCGAGAUUAAGCUGCCGGUGGAGAUCAGCGGGGCCAUCGAGGAGGAGUUCACCGUGGCCCGACUUUACAUCAGCAAAAUCAAAUCGGAGGUCAAGUCAGUGGUCAAACGGUGUCGGCAGCUGGAGAACCUGCAGGUGGAGUGUCACCGCAAGAUGGAAGUGACCGGGCGGGAGCUGUCGUCCUGCCAGCUCCUCAUCUCCCAGCACGAGGCCAAGAUCCGCUCGCUCACGGAGUACAUGCAGAGUGUGGAGCUAAAGAAGCGGCACCUGGAAGAGUCCUAUGACUCCCUGAGUGAUGAGCUGGCCAAGCUCCAGGCCCAGGAAACGGUACAUGAAGUGGCUCUGAAGGACAAGGAGCCGGACACACAGGAUGCAGACGACGUGAAGAAGGCCCUGGAACUGCAGAUGGAGACCCAUCGGGAGGCGCAUCACCGGCAGCUGGCCCGGCUCCGGGAUGAGAUCAACGAGAAGCAGAAGACCAUUGAUGAACUCAAAGAUCUGAAUCAGAAGCUCCAGUUAGAGCUGGAGAAACUCCAGGCUGACUAUGAGAAGCUGAAGAACGAAGAACAUGAGAAGAGCACCAAGCUUCAGGAGCUGACAUUUCUGUACGAGCGACACGAGCAGUCCAAGCAGGACCUCAAGGGUCUGGAGGAGACAGUUGCUCGUGAACUCCAGACCCUCCACAAUCUUCGCAAGCUGUUCGUUCAAGACGUCACGACUCGAGUCAAGAAAAGUGCAGAAAUGGAGCCCGAGGACAGUGGGGGGAUUCACUCCCAAAAGCAGAAGAUUUCCUUUCUUGAGAACAACCUGGAACAACUUACAAAGGUUCACAAACAGCUGGUACGUGACAAUGCAGAUUUGCGUUGUGAGCUUCCUAAACUGGAAAAACGACUUAGGGCUACGGCUGAGAGAGUUAAGGCCCUGGAGGGUGCACUGAAGGAGGCCAAGGAGGGCGCCAUGAAGGACAAGCGGCGGUACCAGCAGGAGGUGGACCGCAUCAAGGAGGCCGUACGGUACAAGAGCUCGGGCAAGAGAGGCCAUUCUGCCCAGAUCGCCAAACCUGUACGGCCUGGCCACUACCCAGCGUCCUCCCCCACCAACCCCUAUGGCACCCGGAGCCCUGAGUGCAUCAGUUACACCAACAGCCUUUUCCAGAACUACCAGAAUCUGUACCUGCAAGCUGCACCCAGCUCCACCUCAGAUGUGUACUUUGCUAACUCCUGUACCAGCAGUGGAGCUCCGUCUUCUGGUGGCCCCUUGGCUUCAUAUCAGAAGGCCAACAUGGACAAUGGAAAUGCCACAGAUAUCAACGACAAUAGGAGUGACCUGCCGUGCGGCUACGAGGCUGAGGACCAGGCCAAGCUUUUCCCUCUCCACCAAGAGACGGCAGCCAGCUAAUCUCCCACGGGACGAUGGCUACAUACCUGCACUUUCAGUUUCUAAGAGGGACUGAGGCCUCUUCUCUCAGCAUGCUGCAAACCUGUGGUCUCUGACACUAACUCCCUCCCCGGCCCCUGUUGUUGGACUGUAUCGUUGGAUGUCCUCUCUUCCUGACUCUGUAUCUCUUUGUACUCCGUAUCUAUAUAUCAGAAGCUGCUGCUACGUCUCCCCCUCUCCGUCCUGCUCUCAGUACUUAGUAAUGUAUUUAGCAAUUUCUAAGCAUAGUCUCCCCUCCUCAUUUGGGACAAUAGAGAGGAGGGGAAAUGUUUCCUCUCUCUCAUAUACGCGUCUCUCACACUGAGUGGUGGUAGUCACUGGGCAGAGGUCGCAGAGAUGAUGGAAGAAGACAUGGGGAGUAGAGGGCCAUGAUCCUGCUUUCUCACACACAUGUGCACACGCGCACACACACACACACAUACACACACAUAUGUACAUACAAAGCCUUAAGCAGAAAAAUGUCUUCGCACCCUCAGAAGACAGAAAUACACUCUUCCUCUCCUCCCUUUCAUGAAUAAUACAGGGGAGGGUGAGAUGGAAGGGCUUCUAAAUUACACAGAUAAUUUUCUCCACGCACCCCUUACCUGAACCAAGAGGUUCCAGGGGUUUACCUCUGGCCUGCAAAGUCUGCCUUUUGCUUUCCUCCUCCGCUUGCCCUGGACUGAGAAGAAACAUGGGUUGUGUAAAGCACAUUUCCCGUUCUCGUCCAAGCCCCUGUUAGGACCCUCUACCCCAGAACGCAGAGCUGAUUAAAAAUAUUUUGCAGAAAGGAGACAGACUGUUCCCAGUAGUCUGUCCAAUGGCUGCUCUUCUGGCCGUGGGGAUAGCAGUAGGCAGGUGCGAGCAGAGUGCUUAGUCCUUGGGUCUGGAGAGUGAACUAGCUGAGAAGUUGCUGAGUGUGUUCUGGUUGGUUGGUUGGUUUUGCUUUUUGUCCCCAUACCCUCAGGUUGAGGCAGUGAGCUGGACUGCUUUCUCCCACGCUGGGUCUCAUGUUCUUCCUUUCGGUUUGGGGCUUCCAGUUCAUUGGCAAUAUAGCUCUCUCUAGAUGCUUUUCCUUUCGAGCUGGAGGCUGGCUUCUCCCCAGAACACAUUUUCCCCCACAAAGAGUUCCUUGUAUAAUGUCCCCAUCUGGUAUUAAGUGCACUUUAAAGAAAGAGCCAGGGCAGAUUUUUCAGGGGUGGCGGAGCCCAAGGGCUUGACCCCAGACAUUCUCAGCCCUGCGCCCUCUCUCAGUUGAGAGGACUGUUGCUUUAGUUCCAGAUGGCCUUCUCCUUCCACUUGGUGCUAAGGUGGUUUUCCAGGUAAAUGCACUGAUGAAGGUCACUCGCCAGUUCAAACCAAGAAGCCCGAUGUCCAGAUACCAGUUGUAUUUAGCACGAAAGACCUCGAUCUUGCUGGGUGUGGUGGCGCAUGCCUAUAAUCUCAGCACUGGGGAGGCUGAGCCAGGAGGACUGCCACAAGUUCAAGGCCAGCCUGGACUACAUAGUGAGACCCUGUCUCAAAAAAAAGAAAAAAAAAGACCUGGAUCCUCCAGGACAGUCCGCCAUCACGUGACUUCUUUUAAGUUGGGAACGAAAGCGCAGUCUGAGUGCCGCUGGUAAACGCUGGUCAUCAUGGCCCGUGAUCCCUCCCAGUGAGAGAGCCCUCUGCCUUCUCUUGUUGAGCCACUGCUAGCAGUUACGGAGAGACACCAGGGGGAAAAUACCAGAGGGGUGUGGAAGAAAUCCAAAGUGGUCAUUUUUGCCGGGUGUGGUGGUGCACGCCUGUAAUCCCAGCACUCGGGAGGCUGAGGCAG